AUGUAUCUCAAAUUACACAGUUUCAGUCUGUUUUCACUACUAGUAAUAUUUGAAUUUAGUCACACAAAUGAAUACUAUCCGAAACGUUUCAUUACAAAUAACUCUGAAAUUCAUCCUGAACCAAUCAAUAACGAUGAUAUAUUAGAUGAAAAAUAUUCAAAUUUGGACGUUCCUUCUAUUCACCAGUGUCCCAUUGAAUGCUUUAUUGAAAACGACUCACAAGAACUGGUGAAUUGUAUAUCGAAAGAAGUCGAUACAACACCAUCAAAACAACCAAUUAUCCCAUGUGAAAGAAAUAUCGAAACAGGUGAACUAAUUCUAGGACAUAAAGAAUCUGUUCGUGGAAUGAUACCCGGUGCAUUAGGUCAUUUAUUAGAAGCAUCUUCGCGGUCUGGUCAACCAUUAUCCAGGAGUGGCCAGCUAGAACUGCAUAUAAACUUAAAUAUGGUCCGAUUAGACGCUAAGUGUUUCCAAGGCUUGGGUGGAUUGGUCACAGAUGUCCGUUUACUGAACACAGUUUAUAUGCAUCCAGACAGCCUAAUAGAUUUACAACACUUGAGAUCAUUUGAAAUAGAAAGUGGUCAAACACCAUUGUAUCUACCUGAUGAUAAUGUGAAAAGCAACAUCCAACCGGAAGAAGAGAACAGUGUGAAGGAAAAUUCCCAUAAACCCGCAUUUAUUCGUUUGCAUCCUCUGGAUAUUACUGUACCGAUCAGUUUUAAUUUAAACACAAAAUGUCACCAAUGUGUACAGAACGAUGAAAACAGUGUAAAUGGGAGUAUUACAAAACCAGUAGACAAUUUGAUUGUCAUAGUAUUCACAAGUAAACGCGACUUAUCUUCAACUGCACAGCUAACUUCACCCAAAUUAAGCAUGAUAUUUCCAUACACGUGUCCGUUGACUAAAGAUGGCAUCGGCUGUCCCGGAGGACAGUCUUACUUAGAUGCAGUCAGUCAAGAAGAAAUAAAAGCAAUUACGGGUGACGAGUUACCAUCAGAAACUGUCUCAAACAUUCCAGUCAUAGAACAACUGAAAACAAUGACGUUUAUUCAGUCAGAGAGCAACAUCAAUAACACCCUGCGUCUGUUUCAUGUCUGUGGUCGACCAAAUUCCUCAGGAGAAGAGGAGGAUGCUGAUGAAGAAGACGAAGAAGGAGUAGAGGAGGAAGUAAGCUCAAAUUCAAUAUCCAGUGGAUUCUUUAGCCAUCGUAAGUCAAGUUUAUCAAAGGAGAAGAGUGAACUACUCUCACAUAUCAGUUGUAAUACAACAAAUCCUAUUAAUAAUAUAAAAGCCCUGGCGAUCACCACUACUAACACAAUUACGCAAAAUCAUCAGAUGAAUGAUACUCAUAGUUCAUGGAGUAGUCUACAUAUUACAAAGAAUCCCUCGAUUAUUUACGGUGGUGCAGGGUGUAGAUGCAGUGUGAUAAGUUUAAAAGAUCAUAAAUCAAUAAACUCGAACAACUUCAACGCUCUGUAUAGUUUAAUGCAAUCAAAUAAUGCUAAAAGUUAUUAUCAGCCUUCAGACGGUAAACAUCAUCAUCCACAGUAUUAUUCAGUCAGGAAAUCUCACAUGUCUAAACGACGCAGCAUUGGUAGUCAAACAGAUUUCACAGACAUUGAAUCAGAUAAUCCAGAAUCGUAUUGUACACUGGAUAGAUAUAUUAUGCAAAAGAAUAAACGACACCCGUAUGGUAGUCGGAAAAGUAACCACAAUAUCAAUGAUCAUUAUCUAUCUAAUCGUACGACAAGUACACAAUUACUGCCCUAUUUUCGUAAUAGUACUUUAAAUCAGAUGGAUGGUAUAGUCAUUACAAAGUCGAAUCUCUACUCUAAUCAUUUACUUAGUCACAGCAAUAUUACUAUGAACAAUACUAAUGUCAACAAUAAUAGUGAUUUUCAUAGUAUCACUGAUGAUAAAAAGUCGAGUAAUUCUGACUUAUUGAUUCUAAUGAUUGACGGUAAACCAAAACCAAUACGCAAUCUACCUCCGACAAAUCAAACCUACAAGUUUUCAACAUCAGUGAGUUGA